AUGCAGCAGCACCAGCGCGCGGGCACGCCAACGCCCACCGCUGACGGUGGACGCAGCCCAGCACAUUUGGAUUCGCACCGUAUGGCUUCAUCUUGCCUCUACAGCAAUAAAGUCGCAGCAAUGUCUUGCGCAGAAUCUGAUGGGAGCAUUCACAGUUGUGCAGAAAUGAAUGACGAUCGCUCACAUGGAUGUAGCCGACAUGAGCAAUGUGACAUCCUACAGCACGAAAGGGCCGGGCCUUCCACUGCUAUUCAGGAGAAGCCAACCUGCGGAGAUACAAAACAGAAGCUUGAAGGGGACGAUAACAAUGACACAGAAAGACAACAGUCGCGCAUCUGUGUUCUCAAGCCGAGAGCAGGAUGCGACAGUGUUAGCGAGACAGGAGGCCCCGGUCUCACUAAACUGAGGGACCGCCAGACUGAAAACCGUGUUCUUCCCAAAUGGACCUUCGCAAAUUGUACCGCCAUUGACGUUUUUCCAAUGUCUUAUGAUUUCGAGCCCUUGUCGGUGCACAGUGACACCAAUGGAUUAUGGGUGCUCGUGUAUUCGAAGGCCGGCGCCCUCCGCAUCAUCCGCUGCUCACCCAAACCAGGAAGCCGACAGUCCGAUCUAACAGUAUCUGCAAAGGAACUGGUGGACCACUGGGAGACCAAGGCAGUGCUGCAUAUUAAUGGUUGGCCAAAGCUCCCGAAACGCCCCCAGGGAGAGAUCGGCUUCGUGCGUGUUGGAGAUGAGUCGCUGCUUCUGGUCGGGGAGGCAGAAAGCCUUGAUUCGAAGCAGGCUACUCGACUGGUUGCACACUCCGUCGGGCAUAGGGACGAGACUCAUUGUAACAACACUGCAGCAGAGGUCGAGUUCGAACACCUCACAAAGUGGCCGGUUGGCCAGGGAACAGCAGCACCUAGGCCUCGAUCCUACUACAGUGUAACUCCCGAUGAGCAAAGCCAAAGCUUCCUUUUGUUUGCAGGAGCAGCAGCUGCUGGAUGCCAGAAAGGAGAAGAGGUCUCCGGUUCCCUUGAAGAAUUCCUGCCGUCCUCUUGGGACAUUUUUGAUGAUUUGUGGAGUUUCUCUAAGCUCUCGCGCCAGUGGCAUAGACUCUUUAUAGUAGCUUCUACUGAAGAAGACGGGCUGGUUGUGAACGAGUGCCCUACAUUUCAGUGGCCUCCUGCACGUGCUGGACACUCAGCGGCAGUGUGGGGAGGGUAUAUGUGGGUGUUUGGCGGCUACACAAAGCGCAUAAAAGGCGCUGGAUGCUCAGAGAAUGGAGUGGCUGUAGAUGAUCUCUGGUGUUGGGACAUCGAAGGGAACUCUUGGCGGCAGAUCCGCCCAUUAGGCAAAGCACCCGCGCCGAGGUAUCGCCAUGCGAGCUCCUUCGUUUCUGGUCUUUUCCUCAUUUAUGGAGGUGCAGCGGCUGAUGGGCCAGUGGCCCCUGAAGAAACUCUGUACGCUGCGAACGUCGCGGACUUAAGGGCAGCCGUAUGGACACGUGUGACCAUCCUCGACGCUCUACCUCCAACUCAGUUCUUUCUUGGCAGUGCUGUCUGUUAUUCAAAUCGCGAUAAAAUGGACAAUGAAUUGUUUUUUAUAUACGGGAAAUCUGAUGCUUUUUUAAUUUCUGAAAAUGUGCUAGAGAGGAUAGAUAACGGUUGCAGAGCAAGGCCCUGCGAGGGAGCACCGGUUGGCGCCCACACGCAAGAAAGGGGCACGAGCAAUCAAGGAACAUACAGGAGGCAACGUCUUGACACAGCGGACAAGCCAUGCCCGCCGAGGGAAUUUCGUUUAUCUUCUGUCCCUCCGGUAGAAGUCGGAGCACGGAGCAGCAUACUGAGGGCUUCAACUGAAGAUCCUAUAACACAGGGCGAUGAGUCACUAAGAAACAGCGGGCUGGAAGGGGAGCCGCGCAUUUGCAACCCCAUAGGUCUUCAGAUCCUGGUCACCCCCAUGGUGAGAUCUGCUCAGCCUGCGCUGACUGCUGCGGGCGCAGGUACUGCAGUUCGGGUUCGGGAGCCGCGGAAGGAUCUGUUCACCGCUAACCAAAAAGCUCACUGGAAGCCUUGUCUCUCCUUGCGCUCUUCAGUAGCUCCUGUUGUUUUCCGCCCACGGUGCCGUGUGCAGCGAUGCCCCGAUCAAGACAAAGGGCAGCUACAGGGUCCUUGUGCUGCCUUGGCUCAGAAGCCUCACCGUCAGAUGGCAGGUGGCUAUCCUCCAAAGGCCUCCACUGCAGCUUUGCAACAAGCAAACCCUGCUGUCUAUCCACCGCAGCGAGAAAUACAGGGCUCAACAAUGCUGAGGAAUCAGGCCUACACAACGGAAACGUGGGCGGCCUCAGAACGAAUGCUGCAGCAAAGUCUUCGUGCGAUAAACCAGCAAAAACGGCAAGUAACUGAAAGGUAUGCAGGCAAUUCAUUGAUUGCAAAGAGAUCUGCACAUCUUGAGACACCGAUGCCUCUCUUACAACACCUGUCUUUUCGUUCUCCAGCACCUCAUGAUGAAGCCUCACGCUCCGCUAGGAGCAUUAUGGGGGACUCCGUGAUGCAUGAUGGAUUGACGUUUGGCACUGGCAGUGUAACCAGAGCUUCAUUCUCUGGUCGCCGGUGGCGUCCGCUGGCUUUGUCUUCAGCUUGUGCAGCGCGGCGGUCAUUUUCUGGUAUGCCUUUGCCUGUCCCAAUAGAAAAUUAUGCUCAACUGCCGCCGGUUGAAACAAAAGCUUCCCUAGUCCAAAGUGAAGCAAGCUGCAUUGCAUUCACGGAGCAGACAGGCCCUUCAGAACCCCGCCCUGCUGCAGUUACCGGAGCACAGUCGUUGGGCAUCAACAGUGUGAAGGGCGAAAAUUCAAGGCUUGUGGUAGGGCCGACUGUACCUCCUGGAGCAGGUUACACAGCAGUAGCUGUUGCAGCAGCCCCUACAACAACAACAACAGUUACAGCUGCUACAGCGGCACCUGCUGCACCAGCUGAUGAAGCAUCAAAGCACAAGCUUUACCCUCUGGGUACUUUGAGUUCCAGCCAGAUUGCUGAAGAAGCCUCCCUCCCGGUGCAUUCCCAUUAUGCCGUUCAGCAGUCAGGUCCACGGAGAGUUGAUGGGCUGACGGCCCUCAUGUUUUGGGCCACCUCGACUUCCAGCGCCUACAGACGCAGCUCCACAGAAAACGCGACGGCGGGGGGCUCUAGCCGGGAAAACAGCAACGGCAGCGUUUCCCAAUUCACUAGCCAGGGAAACAGCAGCAGCAAGACCAAGGCGGAUGGAAACAGGGACUCAGAAGCUACCUGCACCCAAUGCAGUAUCGACGGCGACUUUGCCUGCCAGGGCCCACGUCGCAGCUCUUUGCCUCCACUGUCGACUACUUCAAGGCUCCGUCAUUCGCCUCAAAGUCAAGAGCAACGCCUUGCAGCCAUGUUCUAUUCUUCACAGCUAUCAGCUGCUAGUGCUCCAGCUCAGCGCUGUAGCGCAGAACGGGCUUCUCUCCCGCCUCUGCCUUAUUCGGUCAGUAUGAAGCCCCCUGCGGCUGCUGACGCCCCUAAAUCAAUGGUGGCACGGCGAGUGGCUGCUCACGCCUUUGUUGCCGAGCCGACGGGGCCGACGGGUGAUGGGGGCCUCUCCUUCCCUCGUCCCGCCAGGAAAAUGAAAGCCUCCAGCAGUACCAAAAUGCGGCGAUCGGGCACCAACAGCAAGCCAAAAGCCAAGACUGGAGCUGAGGGUUCUGGAAAGGAGAAGCGGAGAGAUGCCCAUAGUGCUGGGGCAAUGCGGCGCCAAUCCAGCAGCAAUUCGCGUCAGCAGCUUAGGGCCACUGCUGCACCCGUCCGGCGAGCCCGCAAAAGGGCUCCCUCGCAGCGGCUAGCUGCUGCAUCAACAGCCGGUAGGGGUGCAAGUCUCAUGCCGACUCGGAAGGUAAGCCGAGAAGGCAACGGUCACACACAAGUUGGAUACUGCUUAACAAAAAUAAAGCCAGCCCUUCAGGGCCCCCGCAGAUUCAGUACCAUCCCCAGGAUGCCAUCUUCACUGGCGCAACUAGAGGAUUCGCUUCUGAGGCGGAUGGUCGGCUGGCCUCCCGAAGCGAUCGCUGCUGUGCUGAUGCAAAAAGUCAACAUGUCACUCGAGCCAAUGCAUAGACGCCGACUUAGCAGCGUGAAGCACAAAUCUACGCAAAAAAUGUAA